CUAAGAUCUUGUCUCUCCUUGGCCUUAAGUUCUCUUCAACUACACAGAAGAUUGAAACAUAAAAAUUCCUUCCUAAGGUUGACCUUUGUAGGGCGGGCUUGUGGAAUUUCGGCUUCAUCAUGAGUUGCCUUGUCCUUGAUAGGAAAUCUGGUGGUUUCUCGUUCGAAAAUUGUUACAGGAAUAAAGUCAUCGAACAAAAAGGCUUUAAACUGCCUAAAGCAGUAAAGACUGGAACAACAAUAUGCGGAGUCGUUUUCAAGAAUGGUAUAGUUCUAGGCGCAGAUACACGGGCAACAGAAGGAAGCGUAGUUGCUGAGAAAAAUUGCUCAAAAAUUCAUCGCAUUGCAGAAAACAUAUAUUGCUGUGGAGCUGGAACUGCAGCCGACACUCAAAUGGUCACACUGAUGAUUUCUUCGCAAGUCGAGCUCCACCGUUUGAAUACGGGCAGGACUCCUCGUGUUAUCUCCCCACUUCGUCUCCUUAAACGCUAUCUUUAUCAGUAUCAGGGUUAUGUUGGUGCUGCACUCGUACUAGGUGGUGUGGACUCAACAGGCCCUCAUUUGUAUAGUAUUGCACCGCAUGGAUCAACGGAUAAAUUACCAUAUAUCACAAUGGGUAGUGGGAGUCUUGCGUGUAUGUCUGUACUUGAAUCAAGAUUUAAAUUUGACAUGGAAGUAAGUUCAUUUUUCCGUCUGGAAUUUGGAUAUGUCCUAGCCUCAAUACCUCUUUAUUACUCUAUUUCCGUCAUGAAAGAGCGUUACUACAGAUGUUGGUUGUCUGAUACAAACCUCACUAUCGCCAGUCGUCCUCAACUGAACAACAGACCUUGUGAAGGCGAUAGCUGCGUCUAAGAAUCUGCGACCUAGUUGAAAGCUAAGUACUUUAAUCACCAAGCGACUCUUUCGUAGAUGGAUUCUCAUGUACCUGUCAAUGGAAUUGCAGGAAGUUCACAUUUCAAACUGUUUUAUGCACAAACAGUCGAGUUUUUCUAAUCUUACUAACAUUCUAUAACCAAGAUGAAGCCGUAAAAUUAGUACGUGAUGGAAUAGCAGCUGGAAUAUUUAAUGAUAUGGGGUCUGGUAGUAAUGUUGAUAUAUGUAUUAUUACUAAAGAUGGGACAACCUAUAUACGAUCAUAUGAUGAAGCUAAUGUCAAAGGCAAGAGAGCAGAAAAGUAUAAUCCUUCGGAAGGUACCACUUCUGUUCUCCACAAAAGUGUUCAUCAUGUUGAGUUCGAUGUGGUUACAACACGUGUUGUUCGAGAUAUACCUGCUCAUAGUGUUGAGACAAUGGAUCUUUCUUAAAUGUAUUUUAAAUUUCCUCAAAUGAAUUGUGAUUCCUACGUUGUUUGCUUUAUCGGUUGUUCGAAUAAAUUCACCGUAAAGACUUUCCUUUUCGUUGUCAAAAUGUUUUAACACAGUACAAUAUCCUUAUUCUGUUUAUUUUGAAUUACUAAUAUGCAGUCAACACCAUUCAAAUUCAUUUUAUAGUAAAGUCAUGGGAUAAAAGUACAAAUAUGUAACAAUGGUCUAGUAUUUAUUAAGUAAACGUCAAUAAUUCCACUAGUUCUAGUACUCCCUAUAGAUUAGUUAUCAUUAAUUUUACAGCUGAUAGCGGUUUAGUUAUCUGGCCAGUUUACUGACUCGCCUUUCAUUGAUUCAGAAUAUCAGUAAUUCAGGACAUGAUAACGGUUGUUUAUUAUUAUUAGUAGUAUUAGUAUUAUUGUCAACUAGUUUUGAUACGUUAUUGUUCGUUUUCCACCAUCAGAUACUCAUUAACAUGGGACUCGACACUUAUUGGGUUAUCUAAGCCAUGGAAUGUUGAUUUCUCCAACUUUAAGCAGCUUCAUUUAAAGUUCUUUACGCCUGUAUGUUGAGGUUAAUUAUUUUGUUGCAC